UGACAGCAGCGCCGCUGUAAGCCGUGUUGUGAAUCCUACGGAAACGAGGGAAACGUAAAAAACUACAGCGUAAGUGUGUGAAGCACAGCUUUCUCUGAGGCUUUGCAUUCAAUAACCUGCGUACUCGUCAAACCACCCAGAAGUUUAUUCAACGCGCAGAGCAGGUGAAGGUCACCUGAGGUCACCUUCCACCUGCUCAUGGACAGCCAAGCCUGGCUGGAGUCUUCCCUGCAGCGCUCUGCCAGUCUGGGCCUGGAGGUGCUGCAGCGAGCCUCCAGGCGGAGUGUAGACUGGACAAGCACUGCAUCCCAGAACCCCACUAUAGCAGAUGAAGACACAGAUAUAGCUGAUGAGAGAAAUCCCACAGAGCUUGAUGAUGCCUUUGCAAAAAUCGCAGAGUUCAUGGCACAAACCACCAGUCAUUGCAAGAGCUUUUACGAGUCUGGCUGUUGUACAGAGCCCAGUAACACUGAAAAGAACCACAUGUCCAGGUUCCAUACACGACCAGCAGGUGCAAAGACAGCAUCUGCACCACCAACCAGGAAAUGUGACAAAUACCAACGCCACGUGUCUGGAGCCAGUGAGGAUUUUUAUAUCGAGCUUUCACCUGGAACGUACGCCAUCACCGCCAGCAUGCCGGAGUCACAGCAGCAGACUCGGCUGGUCAGUGUUAAAGCUGGGGAGAGUGUCAACCUCACCUUUAACCUCGGACCCCUCAGCUGACCAAACCGGUCACUUUUAACCUUCAAUAAUAAAAGUGACCAAUUCUCAUGCUGUUUAUAUUUGUCUCUGUUUACAUUUUAUUUUACUGUAAUUUAAUGCGCUUAAACAUAUUCUUACCUG